AACAUAGAGACUUGCUGUAGAUGCCUGCAAAUAUUGUGUGAGAUACUGAAUUUAGUAUAUUCCUUCCUGGACAUUCGCGGCCAUCGUCAUUGGGUAUUAAGUAUGGCCUUGCUACCGUAUCUCGCCCAUGACUGGUGGCGGCACAACAGAUUCUGGCGCGUGAUCCUCCCCUUCGGUACGACGCUGCUUAUAUAAUCCCAUGUGGCAGAUUCCAUUCGAUGAAACCUCGUGGAGUUAGUUCGCGAAUUGAUCCAUCACCGUUUCAACUUAUGCAUGCCAUUUGACGCAUGCGACAUAGUACUUCGUAUUAGAAGAACAACGGCGAGCUACUCGGAUGUAUUGCCGUGCUAUGGCGUAUGGUACUGCUCCACCUGUGAGCCCUCCUUUUCAAAGGAGCGACCAGCUGAACCGAGAGUCCAGUUCUGACUUAGCUAUCCGGCAUGGAAUCAGAGACGUACCAACUGAGUGGGAUGAUCGCAUUAAUAGUGAUCUCAAGGCUACGAUACUGGAUGAGAUAUACCCCUCUCUGUGGCUCGUCGGACAGAGAUCCCCUGUCCAUGUUGAUCCGCUGCACAAACAAGUGUUGAAGAACCGUGCCAUCACGAUCGCCGAGGACCCGAAACUCCAUCUCGUGUGGUAUUAUAACACGGUUUAUAUAAAGCCCCUCCCAGUCUAUCUUUUGAACCACGCUAUUUGGGAAGCACAUCUUCCCGAGCCGGUGGGCGAAGCGCCAGAGCAUCGAUCACGGUAUGAUAAAUAUAGAGCUGCACUUGGAUUCCUCAGAAGUUAUGGUCUUUUGAUACGACACGAGUCCGACUUCAUUAUCGCCCAACGGGCUAACUUAUUGCCCAAGUAUGUAUCGUUUCAGCGGUUUCAGAUCUUUAUUCAACCGUUUCGAUCAUGUAGCGACGACCAAGUAUCGCUCCGUUAUCAGUAUGGACAGCUUCGCCUUACCCGGUUGAACUGGGCGGUUCGCAUCAUCAAAUUCUAUCGUAUUAUCAGCCGAAAACAAACGCAGGAGCGACUCCCAUGGAAUUACCAAGAGCAACUCUGGCAAACAUCACAACAUAUUCAGAAAUACGCUACUCCAUUGAUAUUCGUAUUUGCAGUGCUCUCGCUCAUCCUCUCCUCAAUGCAAGUUGCCUUUGCUGCUCGUGAAGCGACGACCUGGGACGCUUUCGUGCGAGUUUCGUGGGGGUUUUCUAUCGCUAUUCUUGUCUUUGCUGCCACCCUCGGUGUGCUGGUCAUCGCUCCCGUGCUUCUGGUUGUCAUAGUUCAUUAUCGUUCAGCGGUGAGACGUCGGACACAAUAAACACGUGUCGGGGUCAAAAGGUUGAUCACCCUGUGCUUUACAUCCAUAAUUUAUUAUCUCACAGAGCAGCCUGCCAGGCUUGUGACGCUAGGGACAGUAUAAGCAGGGCUUAGAGUUUCUCUUGAUUAACCCAUCGUUCCGCAAAUAGGGCAACCAGCCGUGCCAUCUUCACGCUCUAUGCAAUCUUAAGUGACACAAAAGCUCGACCGGACGCGGUAUUCAAGUUGAUGGAUAUUUGAAGUGGGCAUUAGCAAUCCAACGACAGUGCUUUUUCAUAAAUUCACAGACCACUAAGUGCUGCUAGGGCUGCUGGAUCUGGAAGCCCUUCAGGGCGUUCAGGGCCAUAGAGUAGCGUUGCUAGAAGGCUAUCCCCAUACUAAGUAUGUAAGUUAUUGGCUUCUUGGUAUUCUUGGCAUGCGAGGGACUUCUGCACUGAGAAGCAAUGAAAUCGCGAUCGCGCUCAUCUGCCCGUCAUUUCACAGGCAGGACCGCCGACUGCUCUAGCUGAAAGGCAGCGGUGAUUACUGCUCUUGGGCGCCGAGGCAUGGUGCAA